AUGUUCUUUGUUCGCCUGCUUGUUUUCUUUUUCUUUUCUUUAUUUCUUGCUUUCUUGCUUUUCGUAAAUAUUCAAUUUUCCAAUUUCUUUCUUUCUUUCUUUCUUUCUUUCUUUCUAUUUCCAAAUAUUCCAUUUCCCAGGUUCUUUCUUUCUUUCUUUCUUUCUAUUUCCAAAUAUUCCAUUUCCCAGGUUCUUUCUUUCUUUCUUUCUUUCUUUCUAUUUCCAAAUAUUCCAUUUCCCAGGUUCUUUCUUUCUUUCUUUCUUUCUAUUUCCAAAAAAUUCCAUUUCACAGGUUCUUUCUUUCUUUCUUUCUUUCUUUCUUUCUUUCUUUCUUUCUAUUUCCAAAUAUUCCAUUUCCAAGGUUCUUUCUUUCUUUCUUUCUAUUUCCAAAAAAUUCCAUUUCACAGGUUCUUUCUUUCUUUCUUUCUUUCUUUCUUUCUUUCUUUCUUUCUUUCUUUCUUUCUUUCUUUCUUUCUAUUUCCAAAUAUGCCAUUUCCCAGGUUCUUUAUUUCUUUCUUUCUUUCUAUUUCCAAAUAUUCCAUUUCCCAGGUUCUUUCUUUCUUUCUUUCUUUCUUUCUUUCUUUCUUUCUUUCUUUCUUUCUUUCUAUUUCCAAAAAAUUCCAUUUCACAGGUUCUUUCUUUCUUUCUUUCUUUCUUUCUUUCUAUUUCCAACUAUUCCAUUUCCCAGGUUCUUUCUUUCUUUCUUUCUUUCUUUCUUUCUUUCUUUCUUUCUUUCUUUCUUUCUUUCUUUCUAUUUCCAAAUAUUCCAUUUCCCAGGUUCUUUCUUUCAAAUUUUUCUUUCUUUCUAUUUCAAAUAUUCCAUUUCCCAGGUUCUUUCUUUCUUUCUUUCUUUCUUUUUUUCUUUAUUUUCUUUUUUCUUUCUUUCUUUCUUUCUAG